CAACAACAAGCAAAGGGAGUACCAUCGAGGAUAAGCGCUGCUUUGAAUUCAGCUUGAAAGCGUGUGCUCGCGCUCUUUUGGUUCCUAACCUCACCUCUGAGUGCGCGCGCUUGAGUUCCUCUCUCAAACAGGUUUGACCGGGACACACCUGUGCCAGGUAGAGGAGUCUUGUUGGGUUCGUCGACGGUACUCAUUCUGCCUUUGACCUCUGCUUACGACGGACGGAUAAGAAGCGGACAAAGAAAAAAAAACUUUUUUUAUUAAUUAGUUUUCGGUUUUACGAGUUUCACCAUGAAAAUGUGGAUUGUUGCUGUUCUCGCCGCUCUCGCGGUCGGAGCCUCAGCUCAGAACUGUCCAAAUUCAUGUGACACUAUGAAGUGGGCCACCUGUGAUGGACCCCCGUGUUCGUGUUACCUUUUGGUUGGUGACAAUCAAAAACAGCAACUGAACUGCGCAGCACUGAUCCCCAAGUGCUUCUUGAUGAAGGCUGAAAUGUACAGAGCUAAAAAGGGUCUGGAUACUCGUACUGUCGGAGGGAAGCCAGUGGAGACGGCCUUUGUGGACAAUGACGGCAUCUAUGACCCUGAAUGCGAAGCUGAUGGUAAAUUCAAGGCCAAGCAGUGCAACAACACCGAGGAGUGCUGGUGCGUUAACAGCGCUGGCGUUCGUCGCUCUGACAAGGGAGACAAGAACAUCAAGUGUGAGAAGCUGGUGGAGACCUACUGGGUUCGUCUUCAGCUGACACAUAAGGAUGGAGCCCCUAAGUCUUUGGAUGAAUUAAAAUUGAAGAAUGCCAUUGCAGAUGCACUCAACAGUCGUUACCAACUUGACAAGCAACUGAUAGACAAAGUUCAGUAUGACCCAGCUGCUCGCCUGAUCGUGGUGGAUGUGAAGAAGCCAAUGGGAGACCGCACAACUGAUCUAUCCAGAACAGCCUACUACAUGGAGAAAGAUGUGAAGGUGCUGCCACUGUUCAGGGCCCAGUCAAAGUUUGAACCUGUUGCCGAUGGCCACAAGCUGGAGAUGGAGAACAUCCUGGUCUACUACGUGGACGAGGAGCCCCCGACUUUCACCAUGAAGCACCUGACAGGCGGGAUCAUCGCUGUCAUCGUGGUGGUGGUGCUGGCUGUGGUCGCCGGCUUGCUGGCUGUGUUCUUUGUCCAGAAGCGACAGAGGCGGUACAAAAAAACUCAGCAAAGGGAGAUGGACAACAUGUAAAGCAGAGGGAGUGUGAGAGGAGUCGGCGCAUAAAUGAUCUUUUUGGAUUACCUUUUCAUCUUUGCUUUGGGAGUGUGCCAUUUUUAUCUUUGACAAUUGCAGAUUGUAAAGCAUCAAUUUUUGCUUUUUGUCACUUCUGCUACAGUUUAUUUAUAAAUCAUGUAAAUUCUUAAAGCAUCAUUCUGCUCUACAUGCCAUAAAGUACUGUGCUUUUUAAAGUGUGCCUGACAUGCGUCAUUUUAAUGUUAGUUUGACCUUAAAUUCCACAUUAUAGAUUGUACAGUUUCUUACUUUCAAAUGUUUGGAUUGUUUUUAAUAAAAUGUUUCAAAAGAC